UUUUAACAAAGAUUUCUUAUUGUGAAGCACCAUCCAGGCGAGUGCCCGUGGUGUGGUGAGUUGCCUGUGGAUACGCGUCUCAUGAACUGCCUGCCUGAAUCAGCUGACCCACGGCACGGUUUUCCAGAUACACAUGCCUGUUCAAGCUGCACACUGUGAUCCAGCCAGCGACACUCAACUCCACAAUCAGCACAAACAAAGGGGAAUGCAGGACAUUUUGAGAAGUGGAGAGUGAACGUGCAGCAGCAGGUCUACUUAGGGCAUGAUGCCUGUUUAUAUGAAAAUUAGAUGCAUUUAGGGAAAUAAAACAUUUACUAUACAGGACCACUAUUACAUACGGUAAUGCCAAUUCUGUGCCAGUCUGUAAUCUCAGUUCCAUUCCAUAAUAAUUUACAACGAUUACAUCUUGAGCAGAUUGGGAAAAGAAUGGUUUUGUAAAACAUUAGCGUCAACAUAUCCUACUGUAAUGUGAAAUGAAAUGACAAGAUGCCAGUAGUUACUCAUGAAAAGGAUGAUCAACAACAUAAUAUAGAAACAAAAAUGAUUAAAAGCUGCAAUGUGAGGUACAAUAGAGGAUGGUGGUUUUCAAAGUGAGGUCUGGGGACCUCGAGAUGCUUCCAGGGGGUCCUCAGUAAAAUAGGUAAUCAUUUCAUUUCACUAUAACUAAUUACAAAUAGUUGACAUAAUAACAAGAAUAUUUUUUCAAAUGUUGAUCAGGGUAUUUUAACAUAAUAAUCCCAUCACUUUGAAUUUAUUUCUCAAAAUGUCGUACUAUGAAACAUAAUAUCUUUUGAUAGGGUUUCCAGGGCAAAAUAAUUUCAAAUGUGAGGCUGCAGUUUAGUGAAAGUCAGCUUGCUGCUCCAGAACAUGAAUGGGUUUGAAUGCUGCUGGUACAGGACUCAUAACAGAGCUUCAGUGCAUGACAUGUAUUUGAGAAUCCAGUGCACAUGACUCUGUGUGGGAUGCAAACUAGGUAAUGCCCACACAUGAGGUAUGUGCAGAUUAAAAUACACAUAGCCUCUUUGACCUAAUCUGUGUCAUACUUUAAGGGCAAGAUUCAUUUGAGCCUUAUCAGACACAUGGUGGUUUGGUGUGUGUGCAGUGAAUGAGGGGGAUUUUUGAGAAGACUGAUAGCAUUGUCAGGCAAAUUGAGGCCUGUGAUGCGUGUUUGGUUGCGUAACAAUCAUUGAUGGUGUGUUUACACAUGCAAGAGAGGGAAAGUGAAUAAAGGGCCUCUUUAGCGCUGCAGCAACAAUUGCGCUCUGUCCACAUAAUCAAGUUCACUGAUGGGCUUUCCCAUUGCUACUGACAGCAGGAAACCAGGGAACAGCUUGAUAUUCAGAAGGUAGGAGGUAACUUCCAGGAACAGCGCAGAAUGUUGAAUUUACUAGAAUUUAGUCAAUAUGAAACAAAAGAAGACCCUUUAUCAGGUGCACACUUUGCUGACAGUGGAUGAUGACAUGUAUAUCGGGUUGAGACCAGUCAAUGUUCUCCUGACCUUCAUUAUGUGAUUUUUACUUAGAUGUUCCCUAACAUUUAGGGCCACAGACAUGGUGAAAAUGGGUUUACUAAUUUAAAGUCUACACUAAUAACUUCAACCUUUGCCUGAUGUGAGUGUCUCUGAAGCAAUCCCAGGGACUCCUCUUUCCUUUGUACAUUUUUCAUGGAAAUGUGUGAAGUUUUCCAAUAGACUUCAGUGGAUCUGAGGAGAAAUAAUGCAAAUGAAGGCAUUUAUCAGACAAACAUUUACCCCCGCCAUGUGAUCAUGAUCUCAUGUGACAAGGGGGGCCCUAGAUAGAGAGAAAAGGGGUUAGACUGAAUAAUGAGAGGAGGGAUUGGGAAGAGUGUGUGUGAGUCGAAACAGAAACGGCAGUGGGAGCAACAGGCAGUACCAGAGAUUCAUGCAGCAGAAGCUGGCAUACAAUGAAGGACAGGGUAAAGCUACCCCACAGUAAAAGCACAGCUUCAGGACGAGUGCCACAAUGAAUUUGACAGAAGGACUCUCCGCAGGAAAACCUAGCUUCAAUGCUUCAGGCGACAUCUUUCUCAAUGGGAGUACAGGAGGAACCAUAUCAAACAUUUUGGCCCUGGCCCUGAAGUGUGACAUGAACCUAAGCAUUCUGAUGACCACAUGCUCCACUUUUGCAGCCCUGGGUAUGACGCCUUUGCUGCUCUUCAUCUACUCCCAAGGCUUUAACAAUCUGCAAAGAGCUGUGCCGUUUACCUCCAUUGCCAUCAUUCUUGCUGCAACUGUGACACCAUGUGCCAUGGGCAUCACCAUCAAUCACUACAAACCAAAAUAUUCACCAUACAUUCUCAAGGGUGGUCUCUUCAUCUCGCUCAUCUCCUUUGCAAUAAUUAUCAUCAUAAGCUACAUCUCCAUUGGAGGGUUAAUGUGGGUGGUCUUCUCACCCCAACUUAUUAGCAUGGCUAUGCUGAUGCCACUGAUCGGCUUCACACUUGGAUAUGCCCUGUCUACUGUCUUAAAACUCAAUCACCAAUGCAGAAAGACUGUCUCCAUGGAGACAGGGUGUCAGAGUGUCCAAUUGUGUGGUGCCAUCUUGAAGCUAGCCUUUCCCCCUGAGGUCAUUGGAGCCUUGUUUCUCUUCCCCUUACUCUACCUAACAUUCCAGCUAGGAGAGGGCCUUCUUUUGGUCGUGCUCUUCAGAUGUCACCAAACACUCAAACCACCAGCGGAGGAAACAAAGGUAAACCAGAGUGUUGAUGGUAAAGUGAUGGAAGUGACAGAAGUUGAGAGCCAGGAUUGGGGAGGAUGAAGGACAACAAACCAACUGGGCAUCACAGACCAGACCAGCACUGGAGAGGGAAACCAAGGAAGAGCAGAAUCCUGAAUUAAUUUUAUUACACUGGCUUUACACAAUGCAACUUCCAUGCCAUUCCAUGCAACUUCCAGCUACAGGUUGCAAAUGAAACUUUUACUGUUGCUAUGUGACCAAAAUCAUCCAGAACAUUCCAAAUGAUGACCCAAACCCGAGUCAGGGUUUUCUUUGAUGGUUCUCCCAAGGAACUCCAAUGCAACCAAGUUGCGCGCAUCAAGCCAGCCUUCUGUUGGAACCAAACAAAACCCUCUCUAUCUCACUCACUGUAUUAUAUAAAUGUUCCUCACUCAUUCCUCUGAUACUGAAAGAAUGAAAACAUAAAAUAGCUGUAUUUAGUAAGCAAUAUGCAUUGCCUAUCACUUUUAAAAUCAUCUUUAGUUUCUCUUAUUAACCAUCUAGAAUUUAAAGUAAUUAAAUUGAAGAACUUUAAUGAUUAAAAUGUAUAAAAGCUGCAUUUUUAUAUUAAAAACAAUCAAGUCCUACACUAAAAUAUUAUGCUGUGCAUUUUAUUACUAAAUGUAAGCACUCACUUUAGUGAAAAAGAAAUGAAACAUCAGUUCCAUAAAAUCACAGUAACAUGUUUUCAUGUGUUCUUUAUGUGAAUGGAUAUUUGUACUAUUAAAUAUUCAUUUUGAUGAUAAACAA